CUGAUCCGGGCUGCGUUCGAUUACCCGGGCUGCGUAUGAUUCCGGAUAACGGAGGGUACGUUGUGCUAGAUAUUUCCUGGAGUGCCUUUUCCAACUUACGUAGAGAAAUAAUAUUGUGCCUUCACAGCUUUACCAGUAAAGUUUCACGCCGUAGUGUGUAGUGUGUCCCGUGAACAUUGAAAAAACGCGUGGCGGUGUGUGGUUCCUUAUUGUGUAUGUGCGUGAUUAUGUUUAGUCAUUUUUUUGUUGAUCAAAGGAGGUGAACAUCGUCGUCAUACAGGAAAGAAUAUCCAGUGAAGGGGGGGUUCAGGGAAACGAAGAAACGGAAGAUCAUCUGUCCCAGUGGCACCGUGAAGGGACAGAGAAGCAUUCCUCACAUGCGUACCAACACACGCGUAGUCGCAUACCCAUUGUGAUAAUAAGCUUUCGGACGAAGCAACGCAAGGCAACAAUCCUCUUUGUGCUACUUGAAUGCUUACACACAUUUGCCUAUUUACCUGGGUAGUUACACACACCAAAACGGUGAACGCGGUAGACGGUACGGAGGGGGGCAAAGCAGAGCGGACGGGCCGAAGAGAAGGGAAAGAAAGUGACCAUCUUCUUCGCUGGAUCUUCAUCAACGGGUCCCGCUAGCGAGCAGUGUUCAAUUUGCGUGCUUCUUUUCUGCGGUUUCCGCGUCCUCCGCGAGGCGAAAAUCCGAAAGCUCCACAGUAUCACCCUCCCACAUCACCAAUCAGCUGUUCCACGAUCAGCAUACAAACCCGGAUUUUAUUUGUGGAUUUUGGCAACGCGGCAAAGCUGCUGUAGUCGGAGGUGGCGGUGGUGAUCAGACAUUCAUUUCGUGAGCAUUCGCAGCCAAAAUGUGGAGUCCGACGCACAUUCAAGUGACAGUGCAACGCGCCAAAGGCUUGCUCAUCAAGGGUAAGGGCGGCACAAACAACUGCUUCGUCAUCAUCGCGCUCGGGAAGGAGAAGUACCAAACGUCCAUCAAACAGAAGGCCCCCGACUCGGUGAUGUGGAAUGAAGAAUGUGAGCUGCAAAUUCCGACGCAAGGUAACCAGGCUCAGCUGGUGCUAACUGCGCUGCAUCAUAACAGCGUGGGGAUGGAUGAAUUUUUGGGCCGUGUUGUGCUGCCACUGAACGAGAUGGAGGUGUACGAGCGGCCACGGGCCCGCUGGUAUAAGCUCGAGAGCAAGGAUCGCGAAAAGAAGAAGGAAAAGGAUCGGGGCGAGCUGGAGGUACGCAUCUCGUUCACGGUGAAGGCGGGCUCGUUAACCGAUCUGAGCAAGAAGGAGAAAAGCAAGAGCUCGAUCAGCAAUCUCGCAUCCAGCGUUGGCGGUUCGCUGCUCAGCAUCGGGGCGAUCGAAAAGCGCAAAGGGUUGAAGAAGAUCGCCAAAUCGAUCGGUUCGAAGAUGCACAUUUCCGGUAUGGGAAAGAAGGAGCAACGGAAGGAGCGGGACGGUGCGGACGAUACGUCAAUGUACAGUGGGAGCUACUCGAGUCUGGCCGGUGCCGGUGGUGGUAGUGCCACACCGUCCACUGCCUCACUGCACCCAUCGUCCGGUGGACGACAGUCGAAGCAAACGUUUGGCGAUGCGGACCCGGGCGUAAUCAGCGAGGACGAGGAUGAGUUCGUGCUGGACAAUCUGUCGCAUAAGAGCUCGAACGGUUCGCUUAACCUGCGCCCGGUCUCGAACGUACCGGUGCAGGUGCCUUCAACGGUCGCAACGCCGAAGGAGUGGACGGUGCGUGAUACCGAGGGACGUAGCGAGACACCAGUGGCGACCGGCGAGAAGGUGGACGAAUGGGAACAGAAGCUGUAUGGGAAGCAUCUCGACAUUGGCAAUACCGAUUCGCUGAAGCGUCGGAGCUGGGAAAGCUCCCGCGUCAUGCUAUCCGCCAGACGGGAAGAAUCGGAACAGGAACCGGAAGGGGGUAGUGGUGAGCGGCAGGAACAAGGUGGGCCAGGUGAACAGCAGCGCGGACGCUCUGUGACGGCACCGACAUCGCCCGAGCUGGAUGGUAAGGCGAACCACCGGGAGCACCAAAGCGCCAAUAGCACCAAAACACCGGUAACGACGACACCGAAACCGUUACCACGUGCCGGCUCGCAGGACGUAGCCAUCAUCGGCCGCCAGUCACCGGGUCCGGUGCCGGAAACGAAACCGGAAAAGGAAAGCUUCACCAAGAAGCUAAAACACUUCGUCAAGGAGCAUCGGGGCAGCGGAGGUGGCCAUCGUGCGGAUUCGCUCGAGAAUCUGUCCACGUCGGUUGGUGUCGGUGCACUGGCCGCACACAAGAAGCACGGCUCGAAGCUGCUCGGCACAGCCGACCAGCGCAUCAUCAUUGGUGGCGAGAAUGGGGAGCAGAUAGCGGCGGCAGCAGCAGCGGCGGCCGCCUCCCAGCGCCAGUCCAAGCUUGCCCAGGUGUCGCCCGAAACGUUGGCGAAGUAUGAGGGCAAAUCGCGCGAGGAGGUAAUUAAGAUAGCGCACACGCUCGAGAAUGAGGUGCACUAUCAGAAGCAGAAGGUGAAGGAGCUGGAGGACUACCUCGACAGUUUGCUGCUGAAGGUGAUGGAAUGCCAUCCGAAGAUAUUGCAAAACCCAUACCAGAAGGCAGCACCAACGAAAAGUGGAUGAUUCACAUGUUCCCGUCCGGUUAAAGUAAUUUUUAUACACUUUUAUAUUUUGAAAAUUUUGAUGAAAAGUACGCAAACCUCGUGAUACAUAAGUGAAGCGUGGUGGAAGAAGUAGAUAAGAAAAGGAAAACAAAUAGGCAGACAGAUCGAGGGGAAAACCAGUUACUCAUUAACAGUAAACAAACCACAUACAAGCUGACCCGGUGGUGUAGGUAGCAGCAUCGAUUUUUCUACACGGUAGGAAUCGUUUUCCCCGUAUUAAGAAUUGUUUAUUCGGCUACUUGGCAACAUUUAAUUAGAAUUAGCCGGAAAUUGGCAGACAUAACCUAGGAGGUCAUAACGCCAAGAAGAAAAACAUACACCUCCAAUAUGCGUACUGCAAGUGAAACAAUCAUUUUCUGCAACCAACGGCAAAACAAAUUGCGGGCAGCGAACAAUUUAUUAGAAUAAGGCCAAGAUUUACAAGCUCCAAAAAAAUCAGACAGGCUAGCAGCUAGUGGGUGAAACGAUGGAGAAACGAGUAGUGAAACGAAACAUUUUUACUUCCUUCGAAUUUUGUCGAGAGGAAAAGCGAAUGACAAAAAAAACACCCAACGGGAGGAAUGCAAUUACCAGCGAUGAAACGGUGGUGGGUGGUAGGGAUCGAAGUAGGCGAAAGGAGACUCUUAGUAAUUAUAUAUAUUUUUUUCCACUAGCUACGGGACGAUGCAUUCCAUUUUUACACCAAAUUUAUGUGCAUUUUUGCGUACCCAAAAAAAAAAUGCGUCCCUUCUCUUUCGUCCACUUCUACCCCAUUCUCCCUCCCCUCUCCCUCCGGCUCGUUCAUCGUGCGUUUUCUCGUUCGAGUAUAUCGGCGAGGGUGUUGUGUUGGUGUGUGACCUGUAACGACGUGUCUUCUACAUCAUAAUCACGGUUAACGAUCUAUUAUAUUAUCUAUUGUUAUUAAUAAUAUUAUUAUUAUUUUUUACUAUUAAAUACGCAAUGUGUAAUACAGUUGGGCGAGUGUGCAUCAUGUGUUCCCGAGGGAUUGGCCGAUGUGAAAGAAAAAAAAUAGCCUUACAAUACCCCCACCUUUUACCGGAAAAAAAAUCGUAUAGGGUUAAAGGAUGAAAAAGAGAUGUUUUUUUUUUGCAAAUGGAGCAUCUCCAGACGUGUUUUGCUUUUGAUGAUUAUUUCUUUAACAUUCUCUUAAGAACGGCCUUUUUUGUAUAAAAACAAAUUGUUAAGCAAUUGAUUAUCGACUAUCGUAAAGAGUUUGCCGAAUUAAAACUAGUGUUAGUUAAAGAAUCAGUUGAUGUAUAAUAAUUUAUUACUCAUUAAUAAUAAUUGCACCAGUUUGGUUUACAAUCCAAAA